AUGCGGUGUAUGCCUCCAUUAGUAACGUUGAAAUCAGAAGAGGAUUGGCAAAGAUUAAAUGUUUUGCCUGGGAUGCGUAAGCCACGUCAGAUACCAUUGUGUCGGCAUCACCCGUAUAUUGUUGGAAAGCCGCUUGUAAAGUUGAAACAGAAUUUUCUCGAUGACAAAGACAAGAAUUUGCUUUCUCAAUAUGUUGUUUCACCAUUUUUGUCGUCGAUACUUGAGUCGCAUGCACCGGAGUUUGUUGCUCAAAUUGUCUGUUUGAUCUGGUUUGAAACGAAUAUAACAAUAUCCUCGGUUAUUUCUAGAGCUCAGCGAUUGAAUAUGCUCAGUCCAGGCUCUUUUCCUAAGGCUGAGUUUCUUGCAUGGAAUAGGGAUGUUCUUUCUACUAUAAAUGUUUCGAAGAAUGUUAUUUUUCUUGCCUUGCUUUUUAUUUAUCGUUUAAAAGAGCGGAAUCCAACUAUUCGAGGCAAACCAGGGAGUGAAUAUCGGCUUUUAACAAUUGCAUUAAUACUUGGGAAUAAAUUUCUUGAUGAUAAUACUUAUACAAAUAAGACUUGGUCUGAGAUAACAGGGAUAUUUGUAAAAGAGAUUCAUGUUAUGGAGGCCGAAUUUCUUACAAAUAUUCACUAUUCUCUUCUUGUAUCGAAAACUCAGUGGGAGGAAUGGCAAAUUAUUCUGGAAAGACUUUGGAUAUACUGUAUGGGUUUGAUGAAGAGUCAAUGUUCUUUAUUAAAUCCUCCUUUAUCUGUACCUCUGAAUCCUGCAUUAACUUAUACUAAUAGUUCACACUCUUUUCGGUUUAUGUUUGCAGCAUCAACACAGAUUACUUCUUUGAUUCCUCAUGUUUGUAUGAAAGAGUCUCCUGUAGAAUUGAAGCAUAUGGAUCAUAUUUCAAAUAAAUUUUCUGUACCAUCGGUUAGACAGAUAUUGCCGAGCCGUAUAAGUAUGUCUUGUGGUAAAUCUUGGUUAUCGUUAUAA